CGGCACAAUCCAUGAGCUACCAUAAAUAUCAAGUGCUUUCAGUCACCUAUUAUUUUUAAUUUCUCUUUCUUCCUUCCUUGUUCAAGGUGAUCAGCCUCAACUUAUCUUUGAGUUCAGACGUGUACGCGGUCUACGACCCCUUCAGUUUAAGUUGAGGACGCGACUUUUAAGAGACAGCACAAACUACGAAAUAGACACGGCAAAAUGGCCAUCUGCCGUUUUUUCCAGCAAGGUCAAUGCAAGUUUGGAGAGCGCUGCAAAUAUGAGCAUCCCGGCAAACAGACGGCUGGUUCGUCAAAUCGCUUCGGUCUUCUCUCUGGUGGAGGACCUGCAGCUGUCAUUGAUGUUCUGUCCGUUAUCACUCCAGCGGAUGUCAGUCAUCACUGAAAAUUUUCCUCCCCUGUAUUCCGCAAUGUCAAAUAGUAUAUAUAUCGUACGCAUUAUACUAAUCUUUGCUUUAAGGCCGAUCACAACCACCAAACAAGUAGGUCUUCUACCUCAGGGUUUCUCUGUGGUUCUACUAACGGCAUUGUAGCUAUGGUGUUACAGCGGAAGAUAUCAAGACUGAUCUCACCCCUGGCAAGGGACGGCCGGAAUGGAUCUUUUCCGCAUACGGUCCCGGGCGAAAUGCACCAAGACAGCUUUUUGGGGGCCCGCAGCGAGAGCGGAGUUUCGAAGAAAUGCGACUACGCCAUUACGAGGCAGUCUCCAUGGGCAAUGCUAAUCAAGCCAUCCAAGAAGCGGAGGACUUGUAUGCGCAGUCAUUGAGACAGAUGGAUACUAUUCUCGGUGACCUCAAUGGGGCUGUGAAGUAUGUGCUCGAUGGAGCAAAUGAGCAUCCAAACCGCAUCGACAUCGCGGAAGGGAAGACCGGGCCUCAGGGCCCUUCGGAUUUUGGCAGACCAGCAACAUUCGGCCAGGCUUCUCAAGCCCCUGCAUUUGGACAACCUUCGGCCCUGGGCGGUGGAUCCUCUGCGUUCGGUAAACCUUCCGGCUUCGGUCAACCGUCUACAUUCGGGCAGCCAUCCGCCCUGGGACAGGGUCCUAGCUUUGGACAACCAUCAACACUAGGGCAGACCUCUGCGUUUGGAAGGCCCUCGGGACUAGGUGGUCAGCCAGUAUUCGGUAAACCCGCUUUUGGUCAACCUGCGUUCGGUCAACCUACAUUCAGCCAACCUGGUUUUGGACAGCCCGCAUUCGGUCAGCCGUCUGCCCCAGGCACCUCGGCAUUUGGGAAACCCAGUGUAGCAUCUCCCUUCGGCCAGCCCUCUACAACAGGCUUCGGACAACCCGCACAACAAGCAACAGGGCCGUUUGGUCAACCAUCACAGCAGACUCAACAGAUUUCGAAUCCAUUCGGUCAGCCACCCGUGGCGGUAGCGCCCUUCGGAGCCCCAGCACAACAACCUACUCCUUUCGGCCAACCAGCCACGAUAUCAGCAGGAUUUGGUCAGCAGCCUGUUCCGGUGACUGCUGCACCCACUGGACCACCUCCGCUUAUCAAAGUCGAGGAUCCAAAUCAAUUAAACCCUAUCCCGCAGUUAACGGGCCAAACUCUUCGCGAUCCCGCGAGCAAUAAACUUUCAGCUUGGAAAGGACAACCAGUGAAAUACAUCAACAAUGCGCCAUGUUACCUGCACCCGCAAGACGGGAAGACAUAUGUCCGUAUUUUCUUUCCUGGCGGGCCGCCUGACCAAGCGAGUCUGAGGGAUGCUCAUGGCAAGGACAAGGACUACACCCCCGAAGUCACGGAGCAGUACCAGUUCUUUUUGAAGAAUGGGUUUUUUAAGGAUGGUAUUAUACCAAGCGUCGCGCCGAAGAGGGAGUGGGUGAGCUUUGAUUUUUGAUUUCCGAAUAUGCGGUUUGUUGCUACUGGGUUAUAUCCUUUUUUUAUAAGGCUGUGUUGAAACUUGAUACCCCAUCAAGGGGAGUUGGCGUUAUUAUUAUUACUAUGAUUAGGGACGGGACGGCAGCAUUAUUCAUGAUCUUACUCCGUUUUGCUGUACUACAAGCUUUGGGAGAUUAGGAUUCCCAUCAGAUAAUUACGAAACUGCCUGGAAAGGAAACGAUAUUCU